GUAGAUGACAAGAUUGACUUCUCCGCGCACGAAAGACGCGCGCGUCGCGACCGACUUUGGCCAAGAAGGCUCCGGAUCUCAGCAGUUCAACAAGGUCUUUCAAUCUGUUCCAGCGUUUGAUUCAACGAGUGAAUAGAAGAAGAGUAUUUUGAAUUGAUUCUGCGAGAGCGGUGAAAGGUUAAAAGGAAGAAUUAAUCUAAAGAAACAAGAGCAAAAGCAGAAUGCAACGGAAUAUAUCCUCGUUCUUUAGACCCAAAGACGGUUCUUCACAAGGCCAGAAGGGAUCGAGCGCGGCGGUGUCUUCAAGUCCGCCUGCUGCGCGAAAAGCCGGCACUGAUCAGGAGAACAAGAAGCCUACAAGCACUACCGGAUCGCCUAAAUCCGCUAAAUCAAACAAGGCAGACGACGUGAAGAAGCCAGCACCCAAACCCGCUAAACGUCUUGACUCUCUGUUCAGCGACGAAGAAGAAGACGUCAAGAUGAAGAAACCGCGGUCCAAGAAAGCCAAGGACGACGACGACGACUACAAGGACGAACCAGCACCUCAAGCAGUGACCAUCAGCAGCGACGACGAGGAUGCUACAGCUUCUCCCAAAAAGAAGAAACCGACAGCCGCCACGCGCAAGCGCAAACAAGACGACGAUCAAACUGCUCGCCCGACGAAGAAACGCGCGCCUGCGGCAAACACUGCAGCAAAGAAAGAGGACGAUCUCGAAGUCCUUGCCGACGCGCCCCCCGCGAAAAAGAAGUUCAACCCGGCGGAGUUUGCUGCCCGUCGCGCGGCAGUCAACACGGGAGUCUGCGCAGAAUUGCCCGAAGGCGCGCCGAACUGCCUUGCGGGACUUGCGUUCGUCUUCACUGGUAUUCUGCAGACGCUUCCGCGCGACGACGGAAUCGCGCUGGUAAAGAAGUAUGGCGGACUUGUGCGGACUGCACCGUCACGGAACACAAACUAUGUGGUGCUGGGUGAGGAGGCUGGACCGAAGAAGUUGGAGGUGAUCAAGAAGCUUGGGAUCAAGACGAUUGACGAGAACGAACUUUUCGAGCUGAUUAAGACGCGACCUGCGAAUGGUGGUGAUACAGCUGAAGGAAUUAAGGCGCAGAAGAAGGCUGCGGAGGAAGAAAAGAAGAUUAUCGAGAUGUCCAAAACUAUCGGAAUCCCUGAACCCGCAAAAGCCGUCAAGGCAAGCUCCUCCGGCUCGACCUCAAGUCAAGCUUCCAGACAGACGAGUGAGCAGGUCAAUAAACCGCCCCGUUCGCUUCUGUGGACGGACAAGUAUGCGCCGCGGUCGAUCAAAGAUAUCUGCGGCAACAAGGGCGCGGUGCAGAAGCUGCAGAAAUGGCUCGAAGACUGGCCUGCGAAUCUAAAGGCAAACUUCAAGCGACCAGGCCCGGACGGCAGCGGCGUGUUUCGCGCGGUGAUGAUUUCGGGACCGCCGGGGAUCGGCAAGACGACGGCAGCGCAUCUUGUAGCCGAAUUAGCAGGGUUCGACGUGAUUGAGACGAAUGCGAGCGACACGCGAAGCAAGAACGUGAUUGCGGAAGCGCUGGGGACGGUGCUGGACAAUAAAUCGAUUGCGGGGUAUUUCGGGGAGACGAAGCAGGAUGUUGACGCGGCGAAGCGCAAGAUCGUGCUGAUCAUGGACGAGGUGGACGGCACGUCAGCAGGCGACCGGGGCGGAGCGGUGCAGAUGUCUGCGUUUUGCAAGACGACGCAUGUGCCGCUGAUUUUGAUUUGCAACGACUACUCGCUGCAAAAGAUGCGGACGUUUGACCGCACGACGUUCAAUAUCCAGUUCCGGCGACCGGACGCGAACGCGAUUCGGUCGCGGAUCCUGUCGAUUGCGUACCGCGAGGGUCUGAAGAUUCCGGCGCCGGUGAUUGACCAGCUGGUGCAGAGCACGCAUGCGGACAUUCGGCAAAUCAUCACGCUGCUGUCGACGUUCAGCCUUGGGGAGACAGGCAGGAAAGAGAUGAGUUUUGAGCAAGGGCAGCGGAUGGCGCAGGACUGGCAGAAGCAUAUAGUGAUGAAGCCGUUUGAUAUUGCGAGCAAGCUUUUGAACGGGGAGAUGUUUGGCGCGAGGUCGCGCGCGACGCUGAACGACAAGAUCGAGCUGUACUUUAACGACGCGGAUAUGUCGCCGCUGAUGGUGCAGGAGAACUAUCUGCGGACGCGGCCGGCGGCGGGGGCGAAUAAGGUGCAGACGCUGACGCAGCUGGACCGGGCGGCGUCGUCGAUUUCAGACAGUGACCUAGUUGACCGGAUGAUCCACGGGUCGCAGCAGCAAUGGAGUCUGAUGCCGCUGCACGGGGUGCUGUCUACGGUGCGUCCGGCGUCGUUUGUGGCCAACGGAGGCAGCGAGCGGUUCAUGUUUACGAGCUGGCUGGGUAACUACUCAAAAGGCAACAAGCUGUCGCGGUACCUGCAGGAGAUCCAGUCGCACGCGCGACUGCGGAUUUCGGGCGACGCGGAGGAAGUGCGGACGCAGUACCUGUCGUCGUUCUUUGAUAAUCUGUACACGCCUAUUGCUACGCGGGCGAACGAGGGCGGGGUGGAGGACGCGAUCAAGUUUAUGGACGAGUAUUAUCUUACGAAGGAGGAUUUUGACGCGGUGUUGGAGCUCGGGGUGGGUCCGAAGAACGGGGAGGAGCUGUGGAAGAAGAUUCCGACGGCGACGAAGACGGCGUUUACGCGCAAGUAUAACACAGGAAGUCAUCCGGUGCCGUUUAUACGGGCGAGCACGGUGACUGAUCCGAGAAAGGUGAAGAAGGAGGUUCCGGAUUUGGAGGAGGCGAUGGAUGAUGUGUUGGGAGAGGAGGAGGAGAAGAAGGAGGAGGAGAAUGAGGAGGAGGAGGAGGAGGAUACGGAUCUGUCGAAGGACAAGUAUAUCAAGAAGCCGAAGGCAAGUGCGAAGGCGAGUUCGAAGGCUACGGCGAAGGCCCCUGCGAAGGCACCUGCGAAGGGAAAGGGGAAAGCUAAGAAGUAG